AUGGCUAGUCAAAAGUGUGAUCGAAAUGGAAUGAGAAUGAGUAGUGAAAAAGAAUUUAAUCGAUUAUGCAAAUUUCAUUCUCAUUGUUGCUUUCGAUCGCAUCUCGAGCCGGUCUCACCAGCAAUGCCUUGCCAAGGGAGAGAGUGCAUUUCAAUACAUAUCGGACAAGCAGGAGCUCAAAUUGGAAAUGCGUGUUGGGAACUGUAUUGCUUAGAACAUAAUAUUGAAAAAGAUGGCAAAAUUUCGAGUGAAUCUGAAGCUACUACAACUUUCUUCUCUGAAUCAUCUGGUGGAAAGUAUGUUCCUCGAGCAGUCUAUAUCGAUCUCGAGCCAACUGUGAUUGAUGAAAUUCGUAGCGGUCCAUUCAAACAACUUUUCCAUCCUGAACAACUAAUUAGCGGGAAGGAAGACGCUGCAAACAAUUAUGCAAGGGGACAUUAUACGAUUGGUAAAGAACACAUUGAGAUCGUUCUUGAAAAAAUACGCAAACAGACUGAGCAGUGUGUGGGUUUACAAGGUUUUCUGGUAUUUCAUAGCUUUGGUGGUGGAACUGGAUCAGGUUUUUCAUCUUUAUUGAUGGAGCGAUUGUCAGUUGAAUAUGGCAAAAAAUCGAAGCUUGAAUUCAGUAUUUAUCCAGCCCCUCAAGUGUCUACAGCGGUAGUUGAACCCUACAACUCGAUUUUAACUACACACACGACCUUAGAGCAUUCAGAUUGUUCAUUUAUGGUUGAUAAUGAAGCUAUCUAUGACAUAUGUCGUAGAAAUUUAGACAUUGAGCGGCCAUCUUAUGUCAAUUUGAAUCGUCUUAUUGCGCAAAUUGUUUCUUCAAUUACCGCCUCUUUACGCUUCGACGGCGCCUUAAAUGUAGACUUGACUGAAUUUCAGACAAAUUUGGUACCGUAUCCAAGGAUUCAUUUUCCUCUGGCAACUUAUGCACCAGUUAUUUCAUCGGAAAAAGCUUACCAUGAGCAACUUAGUGUGGCUGACAUUACAACAAUGUGCUUUGAACCGCAUAAUCAGAUGGUGAAAUGUGAUCCUAGACGAGGAAAAUAUAUGGCUGUCUGCUUGCUCUAUCGUGGAGAUGUAGUACCAAAGGAUGUGAAUGCCGCCAUUGCUAUGAUUAAAUCCAAACGUGAAAUUCAGUGUCCAACAGGCUUUAAAGUUGGUAUUAAUUAUCAGCCACCAACAACUGUCAUCGGUGGUGAUUUAGCAAAGGUAUAUCGUGCAGUUUGUAUGCUGUCAAAUACGACAGCAAUUGCAGAAGCUUGGGCACGUUUAGAUCAUAAAUUUGAUCUAAUGUAUUCCAAACGCGCUUUUGUACAUUGGUAUGUGGGAGAAGGUAUGGAAGAAGGUGAAUUCACAGAAGCACGUGAGGAUUUAGCAGCACUAGAAGCGGAUUAUGAAGAAGUGAGAUAA